AUGAGGCCCGCCGCCCGGAGGCCAAAAAUAAGGAUUGGUGGUAUAAGCCGCCGGCAGGGUAUAAUGCCUAUGUUUCAAUUCCCUAUGUUAACAAAAACCGGAUCUAUGGUGGUGAAUCUGGUGAAGCGGCUUCCUAUGGUAUCCACGCUGAAUACGCUGAAUACCAUGCUGAAUGCCACCCCUAAUAUCGACCCUAAUAUCACCCAUAAUAUUGGCCCUAAUAUCAACCCGAAUAUCACCCCCCUGAAUGCUACACCGAAUGCCACGCCUAAUGAAAUCUCUAUCUCACAGCUGGUCAUAUUCUAUUCAAUUUAUAUGGAUAACUACUUUACAUCAGUUCCUUUAUUCAAAGAACUACAUCAACAGAGGUAUGGAGCAUGUGGAACCACUCAUCCAAACCAGGUUCCAGCAGUACAAGUUAUUGAAUGUACUCAUAAAUGCCCAGGGGAACUCUCAACCAAUGCCAAUAUUGUUAGAAAAGUCUUUGAAGAUCAACCACAAAAGAAGCUUAAAAUCCCAUUGAUUAUAGAUGAUUAUAACCAUCAUAUGAAUGGGGUAGACCUAGCAAAUCAAUACCAGGCAGCAUAUACUAGUCAUAGAGUCACCUAUCACACCUGGCUUUCUAUUCUCUACUGGCUUAUUGAUUCCGCAGCUAUUAAUGCAUACCGGCUUCAAUAUUUAUAUAUGAAGCAGCAGGGGAUUCCAGUGAAGGAUCUUCCUUCUCAUAUAAGCUUUCAUGAGAAGCUUUACCAGGAACUCUUUGAAUUCACACCUAGAAUUCAUGAUAAUCUACCAAGGAAAUGA